AUGGCGGCCUUCGAAGAAAGUGACGAAUAUUGUCCACAUUGCGAUAACCAUUUUAUCAUUGAAGCCAAAACCCCAACGCCGGUAGUUGGAGUCGAAGGAGAAGACGCGCGCAAGGAUGCUCGAAUGUUACGUGAUGAACGAAUGAAGCAACUGGCACUAUCUCUAGAUGACGAAUUCGCCGACCUCUUGGAGCCGUAA